GCUGGGAGUCGACUGGGUAGCGAGUCCAGGAAAACAGCGGCGAGGAUGAGGGAGAAACUUUGAAUGAUAGCUCGACGUUUGGUGUCAAUUCCAUGUUUCAGGGAGAAAACGUUCAGCAAGAGGACUUUUGGAAGCGUUGCAUAAAUCGUCUUUGUGAAUAUUCGGCGUUAAGUGCGCUCGUUGAGGCAAUAUUUAAUCACCUGGAGGGGAAAAUGCUCGUUGGAGACGGUGACUGUUGAUUUUCUGUCGGGACAUUCUGUUAUUUUUCUUCUGAACUUGAGCUAAAAUGGCAGAACGCGAGAGUUUGGAGUUCGGUAAAGCCGAUUUCGUGCUUCUGGAUAAUGUGUCCAUGGAAGAGUUCAUGGCCAACCUAAAACUCAGGUUUGAAAAGGGUAGAAUCUACUCUUACAUUGGAGAGGUGGUGGUGUCUGUUAACCCAUACCGUGCCAUGAACAUCUAUGGCCGUGAUGUCAUCGAGCAAUACAAAGGCCGGGAGCUCUACGAGAGGCCACCACAUCUUUUCGCCAUUGCCGAUGCUGCAUAUAAAGCAAUGAAGAGACGCAAUAAAGACACUUGUAUAGUCAUCUCAGGGGAAAGUGGAGCUGGUAAGACAGAAGCCAGCAAGUACAUCAUGCAAUACAUCGCUGCGAUCACCAACCCCAACCAGAGAGCCGAAGUGGAGAGGGUGAAAAAUAUGCUGCUCAAGUCCAACUGUGUUCUGGAAGCUUUCGGGAACGCCAAGACCAACCGAAACGAUAACUCCAGCCGCUUCGGGAAAUACAUGGACAUCAACUUUGACUUCAAGGGAGACCCCAUCGGAGGACACAUCAACAACUACCUGUUAGAGAAGUCCAGAGUGAUUUUCCAGCAGGAAGGAGAAAGAAGUUUUCAUUCUUUUUACCAGCUGCUGAGAGGAGCUCCUGAUUCUCUCCUCCGAUCUCUUCACGUCCAGAAAGACCCCACAGCUUUCAGCUACAUUAAAGUUGGCGGUCAAGUCAAGUCGUCCAUUAAUGAUGGUGCAGACUUUAAAGCUGUUGCAGAUGCCAUGAAAGUCAUCGGUUUCACUGUGGAUGAGAUCCAGACUGUGUACAAGAUCCUGGCCAGCAUCCUGCACCUGGGCAACCUGACCUUUGGUGUCGAUGGAGAUGUAACAUUGAUUGAGAACUCCAAGCUUGUUUCGGUUAUCGGUGACCUGCUGACCACUAAAGAGGAGAAUGUGGAGAAGGCCCUGCUGUACCGCACUGUGGCCACGGGACGGGAUGUCAUCGAGAAGCAGCACACGGCUCAGGAGGCCGGUUAUGGACGAGACGCUCUGGCCAAGGCCAUGUACGAGCGGCUGUUCUGCUGGAUCGUGGGGCGCAUCAAUGAUGUCAUUGAGGUGAAGAGCUAUGACGCCAGAGUCCAUGGGAAGAACACGGUGAUCGGGGUUCUGGACAUCUACGGUUUUGAGAUUUUUCAGAACAACAGUUUUGAACAGUUCUGCAUUAACUACUGCAAUGAGAAGCUGCAGCAACUGUUCAUCCAGCUGGUUCUGAAGCAGGAGCAGGACGAGUACCAGCGAGAGGGAAUCCCUUGGAAACAUAUCGACUACUUCAACAACCAAAUCAUUGUCGACUUGGUGGAGCAGCAGCACAAGGGAAUUUUCUCAGUUCUGGACGAAGCGUGCAUGAAUGUGGGAAAAGUCACCGACGAGGUCUUCCUGCAGGGACUCAACGGCAAACUUGCUAAACAUGCUCAUUACACCAGUCGGAAGCUUUCACCAACAGACAAGAGUUUAGAGUUUGACAGGGACUUCCGUAUCCGACACUACGCUGGAGACGUGGUGUACUCAGUGGUGGGUUUCAUAGACAAGAACAAAGACACACUGUUCCAGGACUUCAAGAGGCUGCUGUACAACAGUUCUAACCCAGUACUGAAGGGAAUGUGGCCCGAGGGCAAGCUGAGCAUCACUGAGGUGACCAAGCGCCCACUGACUGCUGCUACUCUCUUCAAGAACUCCAUGAUCUCCCUGGUGGAGAACUUGGCCUGCAAGGAGCCAUACUAUGUCCGCUGCAUCAAACCCAAUGACGUGAAGUCGCCGCUGCUGUUCGAACACGAACGCUGUCGCCACCAAGUGGAAUACCUGGGUCUGCUGGAGAACGUCCGAGUGCGACGGGCUGGAUUCGCCUACAGACAGACUUAUCCUCGCUUCCUGCAGAGGUACAAGAUGAUCUCUGAGUUCACAUGGCCAAAUCAUGAGCUUCCCUCAGAUAAGGACGCCGUCACCAGGCUGAUGCACGGUUGUGGAUUCGAUCACGAUGUGGCUUAUGGCAAAACCAAAGUCUUCAUUAGGACUCCAAGGACUCUGUUCAGUCUGGAGGAGCAGCGAGGGGAAAUGGUCAAGAGGAUUGUGCUUUUCCUGCAGAAGGUAUGGAGAGGGACUCUAGCUAGAAUCAGGUAUCGGAGGAUGCGUGCCGCCCUUGUCAUCCUGAGAGCUUAUCGGCGCUACAAAGUCAAGUCCUACAUCCGAGAAGUGAAUCACCGAUUCAGAAACGUCAAGACCAUGAAGGACUACGGCCGACAUGUGAAGUGGCCUACUCCCCCCAAAGUCCUUCGCAAGUUCGAGGAGGCACUCAGGAACAUCUACAACAGGUGGUGGGCCUGGACGCUGAUCAAAACCCUGACUCCUGAAGAGACCCUGCAGGUGAGAGCCAAGGUUGCCUGCAUGGAGGCGCUGAAGGGCCACAGAGCAGACAUGGGGCUCCUCAGGGCCUGGGAAGGAAACUACCUGAAGCGAGACAAUGCAGAAGCAGCCUCAUCAUUCUCACUGGUCUGUAGCGAACUGCAGCGGAAAGACAAAUUUAUGCGGAUCCUCUUCUCCUGCAAUGUCCGGAAGAUCAACCGUUUUCACAAAGCUGAGGACCGUGUUGUGCUCAUCACUGACCGUCACCUGUACAAGAUCGACCCGCAGAAGCAGUUCAAGCCCAUGAAGAGCAUCCCACUGUACAAUGUGUCAGGGCUCAGUGUGUCUCCAGGAAAAGACCAGCUGGUGGUUUUCCACACCAAAGACAGUAGAGAUCUGGUGGUUUGUCUGCAGGGCAUGAGGCCCCCAAAUGAGAGUCGCAUCGGAGAGCUGGUGGGAACCAUGCUGAGCCACUUCAAGACUGAGAAGAGGAAGCUGCAGGUCAACAUCACCAGUCCGAUCCAGUGCAGCAUGAACGGCAGGAAAUGCACCGUCAUCGUGGAGCCCAAGAUCAACCAGCCCCAGCCGGACUUCACAAAGAGCAGAUCCGGUUACAUCCUGGCUGUUCCCGGGAAUUAGAUCAGUGGCCGCAGAGUCGGGAUGAUGGCUCCCUUUCAUGUUCCUGAAGCUGCUGUGAUAAUGUAUCCCUGACUGUGCCAAAGCUCACCUGUUCAUCUGGCCAGAGCUCGUGCCCGAAUGGCUUUGUCCAACAAAGGUUUUGUCCAGUGCAAUAUUUCUUUCUUUCGAUUCGCUGAAGCCAUUGUCAAAACCACUGACGUUGUGUCCAACGAUUCUAAAGUCAUAACCCUAAAGAGGAAGGAGUGAUAUAUUUAAAGACGGUCUACAGCCGUGACUGAAAUUAAAUGGAAACCUGUGCUUUAAACAUGAAAGCAACUGCACCUGACUGUGUCACGCAGCAAUGCGAUGUUGAUAUCUUAAAAAUCAUUUAAUAGUUUCAUGUUUUUUCUAGACCUACACCCUCAUUGUCCAAACCACCGUGGCCGGAAACAGAGAGAGCGCCCACCGUUCUGUAGCAACCUGACCCCGUCUGCGAUCAUGUGCGUGUGACAGAUGUACACGAUAUGUAUACGAUUGACGUCUACAUCUGAGUUUUCUUACUGAAUGAGUUCAGCAGUCCCCAUCUUCCAGCUCCCGUUUCUCCACCUGAACCCUGUACAGCUUUAACAAGUACAUUAAAGGCGCCUGAUGUUUGUUGCCUAGCAACGAGGUGUCAUAGACCAGGGAUGUGUAAUCCCAUGUGAACUACAGUCACACUCUCGUUUGUGCUGGGUGAAUAGUCUAAUGACUUAUCACGGACAUAAGCGGAUCUGGAUUGGCCAGCACUCGACAGACACUCUCACAUUCAGCUGAAAGAGUGUGUGAGAUGUUGCGGUGCGUUUGUUCCUCACUUUAACCAGAGUGACAACAGGCAGGCGUGAAGAUGUAGACAGACAUGGCUUACUCUGACGUCACACAUCAGGAUCUUAAAACUGCACCAUUUCUGCACGUCAAGGAUUUUACAUUAAUGUCCAAUAAGACUCUGAAGAAGUCUCACAUGUUCGACCUUUACUGCUGUGAUUUCUUUAAAGCCACUUAAACUGCCACCUUUGAGUCACUGUAGUCAUGGGUCCAAGAACAGAAACAUUUAGCCGGAGACAGGAGUGUGUUGUGUCUCAGAAAGUAAUGAUACAUGAAGGCUCCUUUGUGUAUUGUGGUAUUUGUUUGAGUUGCCAGUUUUAGCUUCCACAGAACCGAUCCUUGACCUGGGUCAGUUCUGCGUCAACCCCCUGUGCUGUUUGAUCUCUGUUGGUCACUAAAACACUGUGGGUGGUGAGUCAUCUGGCUGUUACAGUUCCUCACACUUCAGGAGGAGGAGGAGGAGGAGGAGGAGGAGGUGGAGAUUCUUGCAUCCAGACUGAGGCAGGGCUCACGGGGUGUGUGGACUAUUUGUAGAGAGGCUGUGGUUGGCUUCAGCAGGAAGUCGUUAGCCGGCGUGUUGAGCUGAAGUCUCCUAAUUGUGUUUUCUGACGGUGCGUUUGUCUUAAUGAGGUUGUAAAGAGUCUUUGUCCUCUGAAGGUGCUCCCCAGCAGCUACCAGGCAGACCGAGGUUUGAUGCGGGGAAAUGGAGCUGUGGAAGAGCUGCUGCUGCAGUGUGUGUCCUCCAGCGUUGUAAUCUCCCACCGCCUUGCUCUCCCCCUCUCAUCAUUAGGACGGAGUGCAUGUCACUGUUCACUCCAGCACUUCCCCAGAACAUGAGGGGCUUGGUCUCGCUCUGCCUCUUCUCCCCCCGAAUUUACACUCUUCACCCUCCAUCACUUCAUGUCUCUCCCCCUAUCCAAUUCUUUGGCCCUGCAGGCCAGUGCAAAGCCUCCUGUUGUCUUCUGCAGGGCUUUGUCUGGCAACAUCGUAUCGCUGUGGCACCAGGUGUCAAUAUUGAUAGAGUUAAUUUAAAUAUGUUAUGGACAUAAUAUUCUUUUUUUUUGUUGUUGUUUAUGAUGAAAUGAACGAACAUAGAUAUUAAGCUGAGACAAAUCGAUGCAACAAUUGUCUUUUGUUGCACUAAACAAAACCCUUGUUUCGACAACAUUUCCCCAACAUUCGAGUAACACAACUUACAGUCGAUAAAAUGGCAAAAAUCGGUAGUGUUAGAGGGGAUCAAGUCAAUGUGUAAUGUGUUUGCAAUGAAUGAAGUCAAGAUCAUGUGAAAGAAUGUCUGAAUAUUUAGGUUUUUUUGGAUAGAUGAAGGAUAUAAAUGAUAAAUCCAAUGAGCAAGCAUUUUAUAUAUAUAUAUAUAUAUAUAGUGACAAAUUGGUGACAAUUGUUGCAGUUGCUGAAAUCCAAACCUAGAUGUGGAAGCAAGGGAUGUGAAUGAAAUUUUCCUAAUACAGUGAAGGCAGAUGUUUAUUAUUCUUUAAAGUCAAGAUCAGCACAUCUCAAAAACUAAAAUACAGUACACUGAAUGUGUACGUUCUGGGAUUUUGUGUGGCCAAUAUUGACAAAAUGUAUUGCUUAUCUUUUAUAAUCUUCAUUGACAGCACAUAGUGUUGUUGGUUUUAUUUCUGAUCGUCUUCACAGAACCAGUCUACAGUGAUUUACUCAUGGUGUUGUGUUUUAGCCAUACAAACAGUUUCAUCAGGACAUUACUGAGGCUUAGUGCCAUCGAUGUCACUCCUUGUGUUUGUAACACAUUAUUUUGUUUCCCGCUAUUUUUAAGUCAUUUUUCAGUCUUGUUGCGAUAUUUAUUUGCUGUUUUUGAUGGAAUAUAUGGGGGAAAAAAGCAUCACUUGUUGAAUAAGUGCCUUAUUUUGUAAAAUAGCGCCUGUAAUAAUUCACCUGCAAUUUUUUAAAUGUAAAACAGCUGCGGUAUGAUUUGAGGUAAUAUUUUCUGCAGUACUUUUGUAUUCAGCGAUGUUAAGUGGUUUAUGUUUUUCUAAUCAGUUUUAUUAAUAAAUAUAUUUGCUUUAGUAGCCGCAUCA